CAAAUUCAUCUUCAUACGAUUAGACACGGUCCUCAAAAGUGCCGGCGAUUUUCUCCACUGUUUUUCUAAUUGAUCUCCUACGACCAUUCAAAAUUUUCUGCGUUCAAAUUCAACGAUUCGACUUUGAAUUGCAAAAGAUAAAGAAAAUGCGUACACGAAUCUUUAACUACAAUUCUCUCGUCUGCAACACAGCCGUCGAGUUCGUGUUUGAACUUCUGUUUGCAGGGCAUCAGCGUAACCGCUGGCAAUCAUGGUCCUAAUUCCUAAUACAAUUGGGAUAUUUCCUCUCUUCUGUUGCAUUCUCAGUCUUCUCUUUCUCCAUUGCACCUGCAUCUCGGAAGAGGGCAAAAUUCUUCUCCAGAUAAAAGGGAGCGACUGGAUCGAUGGAGGUAACAAUUUGACGGACUGGAAUGCUUCUGACGAAAACCCCUGCAGUUGGAAUGGGAUCUCUUGCAAUGCUUCCAAGUUUGUCACUGCAAUUAAUCUCACGGGCGCCUCAAUUUCAGGCAAUCUGACUUCUUCCAUAUGCCUUCUUCCAAGUCUGGAGACGUUGAUUCUCAGCGGGAAUGCUUUCCAGGGGCUCUUUCCCGAUGAGCUGUUUGAUUGCAAGGGUUUGCAAGUGCUUGAUUUGUCCAGCAAUCGCUUAUUUGGAAGCCUGCCCAGUCGAAUCAGUGAAUUCAGGCAGCUGAGGGUCUUUAAUUUGUUAGAAAAUAGUUUCAGUGGCUCCAUUCCUCCAGCCUUUGGAAUGUUGUCCAACAUCCAAGAGCUCUCGCUGGACGAAAAUAAUUUGACGGGCGGAAUCCCUACUUUUCUCGGCAAUUUGACAACCCUGAGGAAAUUCACUGUUGGCGAUAAUCCUCUCCUUGGCGGUGAGAUACCAGCAGAGCUCGCGAAAUUGAACCGGCUGCAACAUUUAGAAUUAUAUAAUUGUAGUCUAGUAGGUGAAAUUCCGAAUUUUUUCGGUAAUUUAACGCAGUUGGACUGGUUGGAUUUGUCGAAGAAUCAGCUAAAGGGCAAUAUUCCGACUAGUUUAACUGCUCUGUCCAAUUUGAGUUCUUUGUACCUUUGGGACAACAAUUUGUCUGGACCUAUUCUGUCUAACAUUGACGAGAUGGGAAACUUAACCAUCUUAGAUCUUUCUGACAACCAGCUAAGAGGAGAAAUUCCAUACGGAAUCGGCAAUCUGAAAUCUCUGGAACAGCUAAAACUGAGUCAAAAUCAUCUCACAGGAGAAAUCCCUGCAAAGAUUGGUAUGCUGCAACAUUUGACCAGGUUAAUUCUGUUUGAGAACAAUCUUACUGGAUGGUUGCCCCAGGAUUUGGGUACAUAUUCUAAUCUCUAUAUGGUCGAGGUGACGGGAACCGGUUUGGAAGGCCCCCUGCCCAGAAAUCUGUGCAAAAAUGGAAUGCUCUACGGCUUGGCUGUAGGUUCAAAUAAUUUCAAUGGAAGUCUACCUUCAUCCUUGGGAGAUUGUGAAAGUUUGCAGUAUGUACAGCUGAAUAACAACCAGCUCAGUGGUGAGAUUCCUGCUGGACUUUGGAGCGCUUCAAGCCUUGUACAGUUGAUGCUUUACAAUAAUAAAUUUGAAGGCCAGAUUUCAGCGGCGAUUGGAGAAGCAAAGAGCCUGAUUCGUUUGCAAAUAAACAACAACCAGUUCAGCGGAAGCAUUCCCUCAGAGAUUGGACAGCUGACAAAUCUCCAGACCUUAGACGCGAGCAACAAUCAAUUGUCAGGGUCCAUUCCAAAUGAGCUCGCAGGCUUGACAUUGAUCAGUACUAUGCAGCUUGAUCACAAUUUUCUGUCUGGAGAAAUUCCCAAGGGUUUAACAUCACUGAAGCAGCUUUCUGUUCUGAAUCUGGCUACCAAUCGUCUUACAGGCGAAAUCCCUGCAUCCUUGGGCGACUUGCCUGCACUGAACGAUCUUGAUCUCUCAAAUAAUUUGCUUUCAGGCGAAAUUCCUGCUGAAUUAGGACCCCUAUCAUUAUCUGGUUUUAAUGUAUCCGGCAAUCGCCUGCACGGCCCUGUUCCUGCCGCUCUAGACAAUUCGGCUUACAAAGACUCUUUUCUCAGCAAUCCAGAUUUAUGCGGAGGUCGGAAUUUGAUGCUCAAAUCGUGUCCUUCAGACAAGGCAUCGUCUCAGCGAUUGGCUGCAAUUCUAGUACCGUCUGUGUUUUUAGCAGCCAUGGCAGUGGGCUCCAUUUGUGUGUGUUGGUUCUGUCUCAGAAAAGGAAGGCGCAAGCCAUCCUGGAAAUUGACGUCUUUCAAUUUGCCAGAGCUGGACGAAUUAUACAUCCUCCGCAACUUGUCGGAGGAUAAUGUUAUUGGAUCUGGAGGCGCUGGAAAAGUAUACAAGGUCGUUCUGAUGAACGGAGAAGUGGUAGCGGUGAAGAAGAUCCGGAACAUAAGCAGAUCACGGGGAAAUUUGAGGAGAAGAGGUGCGCAGGGAAACCAUGAAUUGGGGGAAGUGGAGGUGGACAAACUGGGACUCAUCCGGCACACCAACAUUUUAAAGCUUCUCUGUUGCAUUUCAAGCGAAGAGUCCGAUUUCAAGCUAUUGGUGUACGAGUACAUGCCCAACGGGAGCUUGUUGGAGCGCCUGCAGAAUUCACAAGUACCACAAAUGGAGUUGCCAUGGCCAAUACGCUAUAAGAUCGCAGUGGGUGCAGCUCGUGGGCUGAGCUAUAUGCAUCACGAUUGCACACCUCCAAUCCUGCACAGGGAUGUGAAAUCCAGCAACAUCUUGCUGGAUGAAGAUUUUGAGGCUAAAAUUGCAGAUUUUGACCUGGUCAGAGUCCUUCAUAACCUGGGUGAAGAGUACUCUGUUUCAGGCUAUGUGGGUUCUCACGGAUAUAUAGCCCCAGAGUAUGGCCAUAGACUGAAAGUGAGCGAGAAAAUUGACGUGUACAGCUUCGGAGUGGUGGUGUUAGAGCUUGUGAGUGGGAUGAAAGCCACGAAUGAGGCGCAGUACGGUGAAGGAGUGGACAUAGUGGAGUGGAUCCGCAGCACAAUCAUAGGCAGGGGAGAGAUGGGAGUUCUGGACUGGCGAAUAUUGGAAGAGAAAUGCGUGGAGCAAAUGCUGCAGGUGCUGCGGGUGGGUCUGGUAUGCACACACAGGGACCCCAAACGGCGACCUUCAAUGAGGAAAGUGGUGGAGAUGUUGGGGAUGUGCAAUCCAGAGCAAGAGGAAAGAAAUAACAUAUUUUAUCGGCAGGCGAGGAGUAGUCGGAGGGCGGAUUCCAAUUUCUCCGCUACCACGCCACUUUUUCAGAGGGAUAACGAAGCGGACGACUGUUAAAAGAUUUUUGAGACUUGAGAUUCCUCCCAACACCGACCGCUACACAACUUCCAGGUACAUUGAAGGGCGUCACUUGCAUAUAUAGCUAUAUAAAAGGGAAAGAACUGAAUUUUUUGAGGUCUUGCUUAGGGUAAGGUCUUUUGGAGGCUUCCUCAUCUAUUUUUAUAGGGCAGGAGGUCUCAUAAAAGGAAAAAAAUUAAAAAGUAAAAUUAUGUUAUAGAAUCAUUUCAAAUCAUUUUCUGAUAAAUAGCACUUUCAAGUGUUUAAGACUGUAUAUUUGAGUGGGGGAAAUUGGGGCUAAGAAUUGUUUUACUAUCUUAAAAUUAUUUUAUGUCAUUUGUCAAUUAGCUAAUUUUAGAUU